CUUUGAUUUGAAGUGACGUGACCUACUUAGAGACUUUGGACUCGCAGAUUUUAUGGCGAAUUAUAUUUAAUAUUUAUAUUAAACAAAGUCCAUUCUCUGCUGCCAUGGCGUAGCGUAAUACAUAUAAAUAUCAGUCUAUUUAAUUGUGUUGGCCUCUUUUCAAAAUAACCAUGUACAAUCCUGCAGUAACUGUUAGGCGAAUCGAUGUUUUGAUUCGUAUUUUGAGCGGUCGCAAUGCGAUUUUAAGAGCAAAUCCUGUCCGAGCCUAUUCUAGUGAAGGAAAAGUAACAAUUGGAGAUGUUAGUAAGGAGAUUAAAACUCCUAAGAAGAUCGAAUAUGUGCCAAGGAAAUAUUUGGCAGUGGAGAACUCUGAAUUCAAGUAUUUGUCUCAGAGUAGCUUAAGAAAUUUAAGAUGGAUGAUGCAGAAAGAUUCACUUGGGCAGGACAUGUUUUUGUUAGGCAGGCCUGGACCUAGUCGGAGAAAAGUAGCCCUUCAAUAUUUGGAGCUGACUCAGAGAGAGCUUGAGUAUGUGGCACUGUCUCGAGAUACAACUGAGGCAGACUUAAAGCAGAGAAGAGAAAUACAACAGUCAACUGCUAAAUACUUUGAUCAGAGUGCCGUCCGAGCAGCAGUCGAAGGUCGCGUGCUAGUACUCGAAGGCAUAGAGAAAGCAGAGCGCAAUGUGUUGCCUGUGCUAAAUAACUUGCUGGAGAACAGGGAGAUGCACCUUGAAGAUGGCAGAUUUUUGGUGCCCGCAGCCAGAUAUGACAAGUUAUUAAAGGAGCACGGUGAAGAAGAACUAUCAAAAUGGCGCCUAGUACGUGUCGAUGAGAACUUCCGCGUGAUAGCACUAGGCUUGCCAGUGCCGCGGUACAGCGGGCAGCCUUUGGACCCUCCGCUACGCUCGCGGUUCCAAGCGAGGGACGUCGUCACCAUCGGUUUUGGGGAGCACCUCAACACAUUGAAAGACGAGGCCCCAAAAGUAGACCAGACUAAAUUGGAGCAGCUACUGUCAGCCGCGUACGCCCUCAUCAGUCCAGAGCUCCAGCAAGUCAGUCUGCCUGACUUCCCCGUGGAUAGCCUGCAUGCUGCUGCUCUUAUACUGGAGAAAAACCCCAGCAUUCCGAUCCACAAGUUAAUCUACCUACUCUACCCCUACAAAACCUUCCUAACUAAAGAACACAUAAAAAACGCCGAGGCAGUACUACUCAACCUCAAAAUAGACACCGCACCCCGAUGGAGCGUAUCCCUCAAAGAUAUACAGUACAAGGGAAACGCCUUGUUGGCUAUGGAGAUCAAUGGGGAGACGAGUCAGUUUGCCGUGCCGUGCGGGGAGGGGAAGAAGGGGAGAGAAGAGAAGGGGGUGGUGAAGACUGCUUUUCAGAGUGAGCUGCUGAAUGAGCUGCUUUUGAGCCAUAGUGUUGGAGAUUUUUGUAUAGUAGGACCAAAAGGCUGCGGCAAGAGCCUUCUCGUCACGCAACUAUCCUCCCUACUGGGGUACACAAUAGAGCCCAUAGUCCUAUACCAAGACAUGACAGCACGAGAUUUAGUGCAACAGCGCACUACAUUAGACAGCGGGGACACUGUAUGGAGAAACUCGGCGUUGGUUGAUGCAGCCCUGAAGGGACAUCUAGCUGUGUUAGAUGGUCUGCAUAGGAUACAUGCAAGUACUCUAGCUGUACUACACAGACUGGUACACGACAGGGAACUUCAACUGCACGACGGUAAACGAUUACUGCGUCACGACCGAUACGAUGAUCUCAUCGCUUCAGGGAUAACGCAGCAAGAGUUAGAGGAGAGUGGGGUUUUAAGGAUACACCCUGCUUUUAGAAUAGUAGCGUUAGCAGAACCACCGACGCUCGGCCGCGGACCGCACUGGCUCUCCCCUGAGAUACUGAGCUUGUUCAUUUUCCACGAGAUGAGAAACUUGAGCAAAAAUGAAGAGAUUUUCAUUAUAAACUCAUUGUAUGGCGACAUCUCCCAACCUCUACAUUCCAUCAUCAACCUCGCCGACGAACUCCGAUCUUCUAAUGACGCUACCCUCAAAAACCUUUCUUCAUCCCUCUCUACCCGGCAGUUGCUACGCAUCGCCAGCCGCAUGGCUUCAUACCCUACUGACUCCGCUUACGAAACUGUGCAAAGAACAUUCUUAGCGAAAUUCCUACCUAACUUAGCUAGACGAGCGCUAGAUGGCGCUUGCACAAAAAUCGGUAUCGAUCCACCAAGAAAGUUUGGGUUAUUCGGCGGCACAGAGAAAAAAGUCCGCUGCUCCGUCAAAAAUGGCGUCGUAACUAUUGGAAACACUAGCACAGAAGUCUUCAAAACGAACGCGCUAACCAAAGUACCUGAUAUACUUUUUUACGACGUACCCCAACAUGUGAGACUACUCGAAUGGCUCCUACAAGAUUUUCUACUCGGAAACCAUUUGUUAUUAGUGGGCAAUCAAGGCGUUGGUAAAAAUAAAAUCGCCGAUAGGCUGCUACAGUUGUUAAACAGGCCUAGAGAGUACAUACAGUUACAUAGAGAUACGACAGUGCAAUCUUUGACAGUUCAACCGACGGUUCAAGAUGGCGUCGUUGUGUACGAGGAUUCGCCGUUAGUAAAGGCUGUCAAACAUGGGCACGUUUUAGUUGUCGACGAGGCGGAUAAAGCGCCCACACAUGUGACGUGUAUUCUUAAAACUCUAGUUGAAAAUGGCGAGAUGAUACUGAGUGAUGGGAGGAGGAUAGUGCCGAAGGAUAUGAUGGAAAGUUCUGGAGGGGAUGCGGCGAGUUUCAUUCCGGUGCACGAUGAUUUUAGAAUGAUAGUGUUGGCCAAUCGACCUGGUUUCCCAUUCUUGGGGAACGACUUCUUUGCUGCAUUAGGCGACCUGUUCUCCUGUCACGCCGUGGAUAACCCCUCAGUGGAGUCCGAGCUGGAACUGCUCCGCUCCUACGGCCCUGACGUUCCUCACGACGUGAUGAACAAGCUGGUGCAAGCCUUCGCUGUUCUGAGGAACAUGGCGGACCAAGGACAGCUGACUUAUCCUUAUUCGACCAGAGAGCUUGUCAACAUUAUCAAGCAUCUGCAGAAAUAUCCAUCAGAAGACCUGGCAAGCGCCAUAAGCAAUGUGUUCGACUUCGAUCGCUACAGCAAAGAAAUGGCGGACACCCUUCUAGAAGUCCUUCACGCCAGCGGUCUCCCCACCGAAGGGGUGCUGGAAGGGCGCUCUAAAGAAGCCCUAAAGAAGAUACAGAUGACCAUAGAGAGGACGAGUGGCAAAGACACAUCAUCGCCGAAGCACGGCAAAGAGGAUCCGGACAACAAGCCCCACGUGGGCGGGAACACUUGGGCGGGCGGCUCGGGCGGGCGCGACACGGCCGGCCUGGGCGGCAAGGGCGGCCCGUACCGACUCGACAAGGGACAUGAUGUACACCAGCUAUCAGACGCGGAGAAAGACGACGUGCCGGAGCACGUGAAGCAGGCGGCCCGCGAAAUGAACAGGAAAGCUUUCGAGGAACGUCUGAAGGAGAUUAACAUCAGCGAAUAUGAUGCUAAACUGUACGAGCAGUUCUACAAAGCUGUGCAACCUCAGAUUGGCGCUCUCCGCGGAGUGUUGGCCGAGUUGCAGGCGAAGAAGAAGGAACGGCAGUGGAGCCGGCACCAGACCAGCGGGGAACUGGACGAUGGGAAAAUCAUAGAGGGCCUAACAGGCGAGCGCGCCAUCUAUCGGCGGCGCACGGAACAAGACCCCCCGCCGGGCGCCCCGCCGGAUCAGCCAAAGCGUCUGCGAUUGGUUCUAGAUGUCUCUGGAAGCAUGUAUAGGUUCAACUCGUACGACGGGCGUCUAGAACGUUCCAUGGAGGCCGUAGUACUCCUAACCGAGGCCAUGAAAGGCUACGAGACGCGCAUCCGAUACGAUAUAUAUGCGCACUCUGGUGAAGAAAAAGCUCUGGAACUAGUCAGAGUGGACCGUCCGCCCGAGAACGAGAAACAGCGCUUGCAGAUCAUAAGGACGAUGCACGCGCACGCGCAGUUCUGCUGGUCGGGCGACAAUACCCUGCCCGGAGCGCAGCACGCCAUAACUACACUUGCGGCUGAAAAUAAUGAGGAGGACUCCGUCGUGCUCAUACUUUCGGACGCUAAUCUGAGGAGGUACGGCAUUCCGCCCGAGCACCUGGGCGCCAUCUUGAUGUCGGAACCCAAAGUGCAGGCGCACGUUAUAUUUAUCGGCAGUCUCGGCGACGAGGCUAACUCCCUUUUACGCAAGCUGCCAGUAGGUCACGCCCACGUGUGUAUGGACGUCGCGUCGUUACCACAUAUCAUGCAGCAGAUAUUCGCCGCCUCGCUAUUGGACAAUACCGAGUAAUAGACAUACCUACUAAAAUAUCUCCAC